CUGCAUUCAACUUUGACCCUACUAUCGCCACACCAUGUCCGAAUGUUAAAAGGCAAUACGAUACGUUGGGUCCAAUUUACCUUUUUCAUCAUGUGAAUGCCCAGUGGGCCGGGACAGAUGUCACCACAUGGCAGCGCUCCUCCUAUGGAUUCAAAAGAAUGUUUCAAGAACUGAUCUUGAGUGCAAGUGGUCCCGCCCCAAACCCUGCAAAUCCCCAGAAACCCCAAUGAAGAGACUUUCACAGCUGACUCCAAGUACAAGUACAGCUGGAAUAAAAAGACUUGUGGAAGAGGAGGAUAGGGAGUGGCUAUUACAGAGAGUUUUCUUGCUAGGAAGAUUUACUGGGAUUGGGUGGAUCCUUUCCAAAGAACCUGAAGUGGUCAAACAAGUAAAAAGCUAUGCUUUUAUAACAAGCACACCUGAAUUUGAACAUGCCCCGGACAAAGUAGAGAAUGUAGUAGAACACAUGGCUGUUUCUGAAGAGGAUGUCAAGGUGAUUGAAAGGACUACUGUUGGUCAACGUCAUAAUGCUUUGUGGUUUGCGUAUAAACAAAAUCGACUGACAUCCAGCAACUUUGGUGCAGUUCUUGGUGCUGUGAGGAGAAACUCCACUCCACCAUCCUUGUUAAAGACACUCAGAGGCGAAUAUGGGUCUGCAGGACGAUCUUCAGCUAUUCAGUGGGGAGUGAAUCAUGAGGACAUAGCUUUGGAGAAGUAUUCAGCACUCAGCGGAUGUGAUGUUCAGCUAUGUGUGCUAUGACUUUUACGCUCAAAGUCAUAGCACACUCCCUGCGAUACAUCGUCAUCACGUAUCCACUGAAGCCAAGGAUGACCAGAGGCACCACAUCUAUCCUAUUGGUCAUCAUCUGGCUAGUCUCCA